CUAAUUGUAUGUUAAAAGUCCAUAUUUAUGUCCCGAACAAGGCCAACCGCUUUUUUGAAAUCGAAAGAAAGUCACGCGAUUAUGCGCCGAAUAGGAUCGUCGUUCACGGGGUAGGAAUUGACUUUACAAUCUGCAACCUGCAACCUGCGCCUGCAAGUACCCUCAAACUGCAACGAGCCCGAAACAGACAAUCCCAGCCGCAUAUUACACCAUGCGCUCUUCCAUCUCAUCCAUGGUCCUGGCCUUUGCUGCCUUCACACAGACCCUGGCUGCCCCCACGCCCGGUAAUGGAUCAAUCCCGCUCCCCAAUCGUCUGCUACACCAUUGGCCAAACGGGACCUGGGUUGAGAACAUCUCAGUGCGGCCCAAUGGCAACCUGCUCGUAACGACAUCCACCCCUGAUGGCUCGGUGUGGCAGGUCAAGGAGCCAUGGAACGACAGCCCGGAAGUGGAGCUCGUGUUCAACUUCGACGAGUGGGCUGACAGGCUGAUUGGCAUCGGCCAGACUACCCCGGACAAGUACGUCGUUGUCGGGUCCCGCUUUUACUCGAUAGACGCUCAGUCAUCGCACGUCGCCAGGACGUUUUGCGCCAUGGAACUUGAUUUUAGCGUCAACAGCACUAAGCCGGCGGCCCGGCUCAUUGCAUGGAUGCCUGAAUCCUAUCUCCUGCAGGGCGUCGCGGCCCUCCCAUGGGACCUGGAAACUGUGCUUAUCUCAGACCAAUAUGUUCUCAGACCGAGACAAACGCAGGUCGACUGGACGCCGAGUCCAGGGCAGGUGUGGUCCCUUGACACUCGUACCGGUGAAUACAAGCUCGUCAUGACCGAUUACGCCGAGUUAAACACCACCUACGCCAAAGGCCCUGAUGUUGGCAUCGAUGGUAUCAAGAUCCGCGAUCACGACCUCUUCUGGGUGAACCAGGAUGACUCGAACAUUUACCGUAUCAAGAUUGACGAUGCUGGCCUACCCGUUUCUCCCGGCAAACCUGAGAUCAUCGCUACUGCCGACACCAUGUGGGACGACCUCGCAUUCGAUCCAGUGGACGAGAACGUCAUCUGGGCCACUGGACUCAAUGCUGUUUUCGCCGCAACUCUCGAUGGCAAAAUUGUCGCCGUCGAUGGUAUCGGUACGAGUGACAAUCUGACCCUUCCAGGCCCUACCGCCUGUGCAUUUGGAAAAACUGAGAAGGACAAGAAUGUCCUCUAUGUUACGGGAAAUCUCCUUACUGUCCCUGAGAGUCUUCUGGAUGUUAAGCUCGGUGGUUGGGUGCGUGCCCUUGAUACCACUGGCUUCAAGAUCUAGAAGACAACCCAGAGACCAGGAAGACCUAUCCCGUCGCAGUAAUGUGUUUAGUAUGAUAAUGAUUUUCCCCCUGGAACCCUUUGAGCUUGUCAAUUUGCCUAGUUCUGGGCACGAGAAGGGAUUUG